AUGACCAUGGACUCCUGUGUCGAGAAGUGCGCUGGCAACGACCAGUGUGGCAAGAUCUCCUUCUCGGCGCUGACGGGGAGCUGCCUCCUGCACAGGGGCGACGGCAGCGAGAGCGAGGGCAUCGCCGCCGGGUGGGUCUCCCGCAGCGUGCCCUGCGGCAGCAACGAGACGGAGGCCCUGCCCGGGAGCGCCGCGACCCUGCGCCAGUGGAGCGCCACGGAGGCCUGGGUGGACCGCCUCGGGGUCCCCAGGAGAGCGCCGCCGCGGCGGCCGCGGUACCCUGCCUGGCGGCGGCAGCUGCGCUCGCAGCCGUCGUUGGGGCCGUUUGGGUCCGCCGCCGAGGGCGGGCGCCCAGGCGCCACUGGCCGCAGGGGGCGGACUAUGGCGGCUCGGCGAGGAGCCUGGGGCUGCCGGCGUGGGCGGAGGCCGCCACGGACGCCGAGGCCUCGCUCGAGCGCCCCCUGUGCUGACGAGGGCCGCGGGCGCGCGCGGCGCCCGCGGCCGGCCCCGGCUCUCGGUGAUGGUGAUGAUUGGGCGGGGGGCGGGACGCGGCGCGGCGGAGAGAAUCGAGGGCCCACCUCCACAGGAGGGCUUGGAAGCAGGGGGCGGGCGUCCUCGUGCCGUUUUUAUGCCCAGGGGCCCUCCCAGAUCGAGCUGGCUCGGGAUGUGGGAAGAUUGGGCCGGGAGCUGCGGGCGCGUUCUUUUCACGACGUCGGUGCACGGGCACUCACGGUCAGGCAGCGUUCUUAG